AUGCAGGCGCAGAUAAACAACAUCUCCGUCCUGACCGACUGGGCCUGGCAGGUGAAGCAUGCCAGGAGCUGCCCCAUCGACUGUGCUUCUGUUUACUACAACGGGCUCCGGCGGUCUGGUGUCUACAGCAUCAUGCCCUCGGUCAGAGGGAUGCCUAUCGAAGUGCUGUGUGAGAUGGACACUGAAGGUGGGGGAUGGACAGUCAUCCAGAGACGUCAGGAUGGCUCAGUUGACUUCAACCGGACCUGGAACGAGUACAAGGAGGGCUUUGGGGAACUCAGUGGUGAGUUCUGGCUGGGCAAUGAGAACAUCCACAAGAUGACCAGCCAAGGAGACUACUCUCUGCGCAUUGACCUGGAGGACUGGAACAACAAGCACAAGCAUGCCUUCUACCAGGUCUUCAGCAUUGAGGAUGAGGCAAACUAUUACCGCCUGCACGUGGAUGGGUUCAGUGGGACGGUGGAGGAUUCCUUUGCUUGGUACCACAACAAGAGGAGCUUCAGCACACCCGACUCGGGGAACAUCUGCGCCGAGAUUUCCCACGGAGGCUGGUGGUACCACCAGUGCUUUUUCUCCAACCUCAAUGGGGUGUACUACAAGGGCGGCCGAUACUCCAUUAAAAACCGCAAGAUCCUGGGACCGGACGGUAUUGUGUGGUACUCAUGGAAGGACACAGACUACUACUCCCUGAGGAAGGUGGUCAUGAUGAUUCGACCACGCACUUUCCGGCCCCAUGUCUCCCCAUGA